UUUCCAGUCGGACCAAUAUCCGUGGCGCACACAGGAAACGCUUCGUUCCUCGUAUGUUUUACUUGUGUUGUUGUCGUCAUGGUGGUUCAGAAGUAGCAUUUAACACGGCUGUAUCAUUGUAAUAAUACUUGUUAGAGGUGAAAAUGCCGAAGGUGGUGUCUAGAAGCGUCGUGUGCUCGGACACCAGAGACAGAGAGGAGUACGACGACGGAGAAAAGCCUCUCCAUGUGUACUACUGCCUGUGCGGGCAGAUGGUUCUGGUCCUGGACUGUCAGCUGGAGAAACUGCCCAUGAGGCCCCGGGACCGAGCCAGGGUGAUCGACGCGGCGAAACAUGCCCACAAGUUCUGCAACGUGGAAGUGGACGAGAACACGUACAUCAAGAGGGCCGAGGGCAUCGAGAGGCAGUACCGCAAGAAGUGCGGGAAGUGCGGCCUGCUGCUCUUCUACCAGCACCAGGACAAGAACAACCCGGCCACCUUCAUCGUGGACGAGGCCGUGGUCAAGUUCGGACAGGGCUUCGGCAACACCAGCGUCUACAGCCAGAAACAGCCGGAGGCGCCCAAGAAGGUCCGGGUGAUGAUGACCAAGAGGACCAAAGACAUGGGCAAGUUCAGCUCCGUCACCGUGUCCACCAUCGACGAAGAGGAGGAGGAGAUCGAAGCCCGAGAGGUGGCAGACUCUUACGCGCAAAACGCCAAAGUGAUCGAGAAGCAGCUGGAGAGGAAAGGCAUGAGCAAGAGGAGGCUGCAGGAGCUGGCUGAGCUGGAGGCCAAGAAGGCCAAGAUGAAGGGCACCCUGAUAGAUAACCAGUUCAAGUAGAGGGGGGUCUCUAUAGGAGGGGACACUCUCUGGACAUCCUCAUUCUGUGGACUGGUCAGCUAGUUUUAUGAAGGACAAUAUUUAGACUUAUCGAGAGGACUGAUUGUUUCCUUUGGGUGUUUGUUGUAUUUUAUGUUUGGGAUCUUGGGAGGAUGCAAAACUGCAUAUUUCUUCUAUCCUCUAAAACUUCAAAUAAAGUCCCGUCCCUGUUAAUACCCUGGUGUUUGAGGCUCCUAUGUGUAAAGUUUUGAAUAGUCUGCUGAUCAAACAUAAGGAGAAAAAACAGCAAGACACAUUUGUUGAAUUUGUUGUUACCAAUAUCUUAUUUUUAUACACGGAUAAAUAUUCUUUCAAAUAGUCUUCCCAUCUUUACUGUGCUCAAGUAAAUAAAGGCCUGUCUCAUAUCGACACCUGUCCCAAAGAAAGACCGGCUCAUUUCACAGACUGAAGCUAAGAGAAGCCCGGGGUAUUAGUUGAAGUCUUACGGGGAUGCUAUUUUGUACAAAGAUAAUAAAAAAUGUUUUU